AUGGAGGAGUUGGCUUUUCCAGUUUUUGAAGAAACAGAUGGAUAUUAUGCAGUUGCAGUUACAAGGAUUUCUACUCGGCUCGAUUAUUUGAGAGAUUUAAAAGGUAAAAGAGUCUGUUUUCCUUCGGUGGGGCAGCUGGGAGGAUGGAUAAUUCCUAUGGCAAAAUUAAUAGAAGAGGACGUGUUGCCGAUAAAGUAUUGCAAUAAUAUAAUUAAAUCUGCGGCAGAAUUUUUCGGUCCCAGUUGCACGCCUAAUUCUUUAAUCGAUAAAUAUAACCCAACAGGUGACAAUCCUCAAAUGUGCGAACUCUGCGAAGGUAAAAAGAGUAACCGUUGCAGUGGAAACAAUAAAUAUGCUAAUUUCGAAGGUGCCUUUAAUUGUUUGUUGAAUAAUGGAGAGGUAGCUUUUCUAAAAGACAGCACCGUUCGUGAAAUGACAAGUCAGCGCAAUUACAGGGGACCUCCUGCAUCCGAAUUUAAACUAGUCUGCCCAUUCAAUGCACUUGGAUUGGUACCAAUUAUAGCUGAACAGUAUGAUUUACAAGAGCCAUCUUAUUAUGUUGUAGCAGUUGCACAGCAGCCUGAUAAAGAUACAGAUCUAUUAUACUUAAAAGGAUAAAGAUCUUGUCAUACUGGUGUGGGUUUGGCAGCAGGUUGGGUCAUACCGAUGAGUUUUCUUUUAAGUAACGAAAGAAUGCGAUCUUACGGAUGCAAUUCGGCACAUGCCGCAGCAGAAUUCUUUCAAAAAAGUUGCAUUCCGGGUGUUCUGUCCAGGAAAUAUACUGUAGCCGAUUGGAGUUAUGCCAAUUUAUGUGACCUGUGUCACGGAACCGGUGCAAGUUAUUGUAACAGAGAUUCUUCCGAACCUUUCUAUGGUAAUACGGGUGCCCUACGUUGUCUGGUGGAAGGGGGUGGAGAGAUUGCAUUCGUGAAACACACCACGGUUUUAGAAAAUACCGCGGGGAAAAAUCGCGAAUGGUGGGCCCGCCCCAUGAUGCCCGGCGAUUUUGAACUGUUGUGUAGAGAUGGCACCAGAGCAAAACAGCACGAGUACGAAAGUUGCAAUCUUGGUAAAGUUGCCUCAAAUGCAAUGGUCACAAACAGAAACAACCCACCCAAUGUAACUAGAUCCUACAUUGAUCUUUUUUUACAUGCUCAACAAUACUAUGGAUCUAAGUAUAGCGAAGAUUUCACCUUCAAAAUGUUUGUUUCUGACAGCAGUUACAGUGACCUGAUCUUUCAAGAUGCCACUCAACAGUUGGUGGAAGUUCCUUUGCACAAACGUAAUUAUCACGAAUAUUUGGGUUACGACUUCGUGCAGGCCAUGAAAAUCGUCGACUGUAGGGCCGCUGCCAGUUCUAUAGAAUUAAGUAUCUCUCUAAUUAGUAUUCUAUCAUUGUUAAUAUUUAAUUGGCAGUUAUAAUUUUGCCAGCCAUAAAAUACUAGAAACUUGACAUUUACAUAAAACAAAGAAUCUCUGGGACGUCAUCAAUAUCAAGCUCCUGCUUCGGAAAUUUUAUCAUAAGAGUAUCAUCAAAAAAUCAUUUUUUUAAUACAAAAUGUGAUGAUAUGUAAGUGUAUUGCAAAUUUAUUUAAUUAUAUACUUAACAUUUUUAUACAAAGAAAAUAUUAUAGAUCUGUACAUAUUUUAUAAAAUUAACGAAUUGUAAAUAACAAUUAGCCAAGAUGAUACAUAUCAUUAUUUUGAUAAUUAUGUAAUUAAACAUAAGCAUAGUUGUUAAAAUAGAAUAAUUUAUAUUAACACUUUAAAAAAAAAAGCAAUAUUUAUGUAUUUUAACCAAAUGCAGGUGAUUUUUGAGGUUUCUAGUAUUUGUAAAUGAAUAAUUAAGUUGUAUUUCAGACAGUCCGUCCACUUCUCUCACACAAUUGCUAGCACUACGCUGUUUACACUGAGUGCGUUGUAUUUUUUUGUGACAUGUUCAUCAUGAAUCUCUCGAAUCAUUAUUUUUAUAGAAUGUAAUAAUUGUCAUUUUUUAUGAAUUUGUACAUUAUGUGGAAUAAAAUAAUUAUUUAAAUAUACUUACAAAUUUUAGAA